AUGGCCGGUGUCCCGUCACUAAAUGCCCCAAUGGAGGACGAUAGCUUGCCUUCACGAUACAAAUGGAGACAUAUCCAUACUUGUCUUCGAAGCCAGCUGACAUUACAGCAUGGCUUCGCUGAGCUUUGUUUUAUCUGCAACGAGUGGGUUACGGGUUGGGGAGCUUUCAAGAGACAUUGUCAGCACCAUCUCGACCACCCCGAUACCAUCCCUAUCCAGUAUAACUACCUAGAAGUACAAGGAGUACUCGCGUCACCCGGGUAUUGCCCUAGAUAUCUUGGAAACGAGACACUGGUGGCCACAGAGCGCCUCCAGCCCUUUAUGUACAAGCAAUCCUUCACAAACCAUAUGCAAUACCACUAUAAAAAACUUGAAGGGCAAAAUCUCUUAGGCUAUGGGUCACUACACUGCAAAGGUAUGGUAUUUAACUCUGUCUUUAACCUCCAGUGUCAUUAUCACGACGUACACUCUAUACCAAUACCGACUGCCAACGUCUGCAACAAGCGGAAGCGUAAGGCACAUACAACAACGACUCGCUCUACUGAGCAAGAAUUCAUUUGUAUUACCCCCGAAAGAUUCGAGCUAGAGUUAUUUUCCAGAAAGCGCCAGCGCACUAGGAGUUGA